AUGAAUCGUAUGGGUGUAUCGGAUAUUUGUAAUGAUGAUGAUAUGAUUUGUCCUUACCAUCGUUACUCGCUUGGAUUAUUUUGGCGGCCAUCUAUACUGUGUCAAUCGCCUCGUCAUAGUGGUCGAAAGCCAAAGGCCACACACUCUUUACCCGUUGAUUACUGUCAAAAACUGGUUGAAAUAGAAGGUUUCAAAGGUAACAAAAGUUAUAAACUUCCUAUUCCAACGUUAGAUACCGAAGAUCUAUGUUCAGCAAAUCGAAUUUCAAAAUUACAAGCUCAAGAACGAUUAGAAGAAAUAACAAUACACAUCGAUAGUGAGCCGGAAGCUAAUUUUGGUGAUAUUUCUACGAAUACCGUAUAUCCGGAAGAUGUACCACUCCAUGACAUAAAUCGUUUGUUGAAUGAAAUAUCUAAGAAUAUCAAGCCGCUAACAUAUCAAGUUCAUCAACCACUUCAUGAUAUAUCCAAUGCCACUCUUCGAAAACUAAAGAAUCAUUAUGAGUCAAUUGUGCAAGAGUUUUCGUAUUUUAUCUGUGAAGCAAUGGCGCCUGGCCAAGGAAACAAACUUGAUCCUACUAUGGCAUCGCUCGUUGAAGCGUAUAAUGCAGCUCCAACGAAUAAAUGGAAAUAUUUUCUUUUAUCUACGGUAGCAAAGGAAUCUACUCGCGAAAAACUUCAAGGCACAUUCAACUGCAGUCGUUAUAUGAUUGACAAGAGCCGGUAUAUUGCGCACGAAAAUAAACGUUUUGAUACAAUGAACCAAAGUAGUAUUCGACGAGAACGUUUGGAAAAGCAUCGACUCGAUUUUUUCUUCGAUUUUUUAUUUUCCACUGGACUAAUUCAAGACGUUGCGCAUGGCACGACCUUCGUGCGGUUCGGUCGAGGAGACGAAAUACUUAUUCCGCAUGUCGUUAGAGUUAUGAUGAAAACUCAUAUUUUCCAACUUUAUCGAAGACACUGUGCACUAACAAAUUAUGAGGAACCACUUAGUCGUAGCACAGUUCUGCGUGUACUAAGUGCGUGCAAAAUGCGACAAAAGAAAACAUUAUGUGGACUGGAUAGUUUCGCUGUCGAUGGAAAUGCUGGCUUUGAUACUUUGGAACGCCUACUUAUUAAGCUUAGCAGAACUUACUUGAAAUUCGAGUAUGGCCAAAACGUUAAUCAAGAUGACACUGAUUGUGCGACGCAUUGUCGAUUAUUUGCAUUCAGCAGUUCAAUUGAAGAAAAUUUGAAACGUAGUUGCAAGCAUUCACGUCAUUACAUGAGUUGCAUCAAAUGUAAUUCUCUACUUGCUUUAAUUUGUCGAAUAGAAGAGCUAUUGACUAACAUUCCAUCAUCAAACGACAAAGACGAGCUUGAAGUAGAUUUUAUCACUGCCAAAAACGAUAUUCUGUCAUGGAUGUUCCAUAUAAUUCGAGGAGUACAGCAAGAUAAGAGCAAACAAUUCGUUAUCUCGCGACUGGAUUCUCAAAGCGGUUUACUAUUAUCAGAUUGGGCAAUGAAAGUGUUACCACAACAGCACCGUGAAAAAAUGGAUGAAUGGUUUGGAAAGAAGGGAAUCUCUUUGCAUGUCGAUGUACUUUUCUACAUGGACAUCAAUCGUAAAUUGAAAAAGAUGACGUACUUCACGGCUAUUGAUCGUUGUUUGCAGGACAUGUCAUCCGUUCUGUGCGUGUUUGAGCAUGUUCUUGAUCAAAUUAAAACAGAUCUUCCAAAUCUGAAAAAUCUAUAUACCAGAAGUGAUAAUGCUGGAUGUUAUGCUGGAGCGUCGAUUAUAAUAGCUCGCAAGAUGGUAUGUGACAGCGCAGACAUUUGUCUAAAAAGAACUGAUUUUAGUGAGCGACAAAGAGGGAAAGACCAGGCGGAUCGGGAUAUAGCCGUAGCCAAAUCCUGUCUUCGAGCUUACACAAACCGUGGUGGUGAUUUGAUUAAUGCAACAUCGAUCAAAGAAGCUUUAGAUAGUUCGUUCGGCAAAUUGUCUAAUUCCAAGACAUCGGUUAUUGCUGUUUAUGAAUCGCAAUGUAUUUUACCGAAAAUUAAAAUAGAAGGUAUAACGAAAUAUCACUCAGUCGCAUUCGAUGGUAGGAUGGUUAGAUUUUGGCAAUAUUUUGGAAUUGGUAAUGGAAUAUCAAAAAAAAUCGUGAACAGCUCGUGUACUCUACGAACCUCAGUAAUACAACCGUUUUGUGAUGAUCAACAUCAAAACAAAGAAUUUUGUAUGAGAAGUACUUUGUCUUCGGAAAUAUUUUUCUGUUCUAAUAGCACAUGUUCAGCAACCUUCGCAAAUGAGGAAGAUCUAAUGCAACAUGAAGAAAAAGGAGAGCACAUUUCCGCAAAUGAACUUUCAUUAUCAACGAUCGACCGUGCACGCUAUGCUUAUAUUGAACAUUUGAAAGGAGCACGUCUUAUUGAGGAAACAUCUAAUACAGCAGCAGUUCAAUCUUUCGAAACGUCGAAAAUCGACAAUACGGAUUUAAAAUACAAAACUGAGAAAUUUAACCAAAUAUUUUUCACUCAAGGAUAUGCCAUUCGUCGCAGACAAAUAACAACAAAAAUUACCCAGGAACAUCAGCAUUUCUUCCUUGAACUAUUUCGUCAAGGCGAGAAUACCGGGAAAAAGGUCACGGUUGAAGACGCACUACAAGCCAUGCGUUGCGCAGUGAAAGCAGACAAGUCUAAGCUGUUUACAACCAAACAAUAUCUAAGUAAAAAUCAAAUCCGUAGUCUUUUUGGACGUUUAUCAAGAAAAGAGUCAAUUGAACGGAGAUCUCGAUGGACUCAAAAGGUUCAAAAAGAUAACUUAUCAAUAAGUAGCGAUGAAGAUGACGCACAACAUUACUUCAGAAUUCAACGAAAUCAAGAAUUUCAUGACAUGAAAACCGAUGAGAUCAACAAUGCAAUUACUUCCUUCGAUGACAUUGACGAUGCUGAAUAUAACCAAUGA